AUGGCCACCGAACUUUGCCCCGUUUACGCACCCUUUUUCGGUGCCCUUGGCUGCACCUCGGCCAUCGUCUUCACCUGCUUCGGAGCUGCCUAUGGAACUGCCAAGGCUGGUGUCGGUGUCUGUGGAAUGGCCGUCCUCAGACCUGACCUGAUCGUCAAGAACAUUGUCCCCAUUGUCAUGGCGGGUAUCAUUGGUAUCUACGGUCUGGUCGUGUCGGUCCUGAUUGCAAACGAUUUGGGACAGAAGGUCCCCUUGUACACUGGUUUCAUUCAGCUGGGAGCAGGUCUCGCCGUCGGUUUGGCUGGUAUGGCAGCUGGUUUUGCCAUUGGUAUCGUUGGUGACGCAGGUGUCCGUGGAACUGCUCAACAGCCCCGUCUCUAUGUCGGAAUGAUUUUGAUUCUCAUUUUCGCUGAAGUCUUGGGUCUGUACGGUCUUAUCGUUGCUCUUCUGAUGAACUCCCGUUCGAGGAUCGACGCCACUUGCUAA